GCGAGAGAAGCGCAUCACAACGGACUCUUCUACCCUUCUCAACUCGCUACUUUUCUUGCUGCAUAUCUUUUUCCAGCGUUUUUCGUUCAAGAUCUGCCGCUCCCUCCGACCGAGAUGUUCGCCACCCUGAUGAUGCUCAUCCUGGCGGCGCUGCUCGUCACCGAACGGUCCCUGGUGGCUGCUGCAGUGUGCUCUUGGCAGGUACGUACGUCCGUGGCUCACGUCACACCACAAAAGUCGAUGGAACUACAGUACACCCAUUGUUUGGUCUGGUUGGUGAUCGCGAUGAUGGGCACUCAAUCACCUCCCAUCGUACCAACCAGGGUGAGGGAGGGAGCUGCACUGUGGACUACCCGCGAGCCAAGGGCGACAGGCAGAGGUGCAAGUACCCUCUCGUGUGCGACGCACUGCCCGGCGCUGAGGCUGGUCAGUCAGUCAGAGACGUCCAGAGACAAACAAAACAUGUUCGUGAGUGAGUAUGGUUGCAUGUGGCUGUCGCUGCUUGGUUGGUUGGUUGGUCAGGGAGGUGUGUGUUGCCCCACACGCGUAAGGUGGGGGAGUCCUGCACUGUCGGCGGGGUGCAUGGCCUCUGUGACAGGCAGUCAUACUGCGCCCCUGACGAUGGUACGUUAAAUGACCGAUCCACACACACCCACACACACCUCACCGCACACACCCACCCACCCACCUGGCUGGCUGGCUGGUGGUCCCUCAGGUGUCAUUCCCUCGAUGCCUGAAGGGUCUCCUCAGCAAGUGGGCCCCCCACCACCUCCACCUCCCGCCCCCAAGAACGGCACGUGCGCGGCCAAGCAGGCCACAGGCUCGCCAUGCGACCCCAGGGUGGGGGCGGCAUGCGACACGGACAGGUGCCUGCCGCCCAGCUUCGCUUCGGCAGACCCCUCCACAGCCGUGUAAGCUAAGCUGCAACAUAAGAUAGAGAUGUCCACAAUGGGGAUGUCCUCCACGGCUGUAUGCCUUUGUGCCAGGUGUGUGGAUCGGUUUGUCGGCUGGGGCGAGGCGUGCAACGAGUUGGACCGGCUGUGCAAUGCGGCGUGCGGCACUUGUGUUGAGGGAGCAUGCAAGCCGCACGAGUCAGGACUCGCCAUGCCUGAGGUGCCACCACCCCCACCACUGCCCACUGCCGGUGAUGGUGGUGAUGGUGCGGCCAACGGACCCCCUCCUCCACCACUGGGUCCUCUUGACAGUAUGACGUGUGCCGACGUCUGUUGCCCUGAGGUGGGUGGGUGACACACACCACUGCACACGACAAAGUGACACCACAGGGCGCAUGAGCAUCCUUCUCUCCCUGUCUGUAUGUCAGGGGACGUAUUGCGUGACACCGCAGGACAGCGAUUGUAGCAAGUCGAAGGCCUCUGGUGAGGAGUGCUCUGGCGAGAGCCCCGGCGAGUGCGAGGCCGGCACCCAGUGCUACAGGGGCAAAUGCACUGGUACGUACUAAUGUGGAUGGAUCGGCGGCGUGCGAUCCAUCCAUCUGUGGCAUUCAUUUGUGUGUUUGUGUUUGUGUUUGGCUGCCUGCGUGCCGUGCAGAGAUCUUUGGUGUGGAUGCGUCGGUGGCGGCCAUUCCCAUCUCGCCCACAGCUCCCAUGGUGUGCCUGCCCUGGCAGCCCGCAGAGAUCGACCAAAGACGUAAGUGACCCUCCCUCCCUCCCUCCCUCCCUCCCAACACACCCCCCACACACCAGUCAACAUCCAUCUGGUCGUUGUCUGUCUACUCUACGGGCAGGGGGGUCGGCGCGUUGCGCCAAGGUGCAGGGCCGGUCGUGCGAGUCCGAUGAGGACUGCCCUGGCCUGGGCGUCGGGGGCUACUGCGACUGCGAGACAAACACCUGCCACAUCGAUCCUUUCCCUGACUGUCUGGCCGAGUUCCGCAAGUAUUUCGUCAACGCAGGUGUGUCGCCGUACGCCAACUUCGCUGACUACGAAGAGGAGUACCGAAACUGGUGAGCGCGUGGAUUGGCAGCUGUCUGUGUGUAGGUGUUGGUGCAGCCGCGUGUGUCCUGUUUGUUUGUUUGUCUGUCUGUGUGCGUGCAGGCUGUGCUGCAUGUCCAAGAAUGGGUUUGGCGAGAAGGAGUACAUCGACUGGGAGGCCGUUCGGGGGGCGCCGGCGGGGUCUCUCUUCACCAGCCAAUUCACAUGUGAGCCAGAAAGGGAGGGAGAAUGGCUGGCAGCAAACAAAAGGCUGCAUCUUGCUCGUCUGUGCUUGUCUGUCUGUCUGUCUGUAUUAUGUCAGGUGAGAGUCGAAGCCGAAGGCGCCUCGGAGGGAAGCCCCUGCUUCACUCCUGAUCGAAGCAUGCAAGACACGACACGCGAUCGCAUGUUUGUCUGUAUGUCUGUAUGUAUCUGCCUCCUGCGGCCCUUCCCCUCUUUAGUCCACUCACCAGGCAGCAACCCAUGCAUGCAUGCAUGCAUGCAUGCAUUUCUGUCUGUCUGUUUGUCUGUGGGCGCUUUCUCUUUUUUGCCCCUCUCUCCCUCCCUCUCAGUGCAUGUCGGUUGAUUGAUCCAUGCGCGGUGCGGUGUGUGGCGCGGUCAUUUUGUGUGUCCUGUGGGUGGUUUUGAGUGCUGUGCUGAGGCGGGGCACCAAUUAGAAUGGUGUGCAUCAAUCAAGGCACUUUUGUAAAUCGACUUUUGUAGAUAAUGGUGCCAGAGAAGGCCGAGAAGUGGGUGGUGAAUGUGUGGCGUGCGGCAUGGAUGGAUGGGUGGAUAGAUGGACACCCCAUCAUUAAAUGUAGCAAUGGCAUGAC